UCAGGCCAGGAUGCUUUCCAUGGCACUUCAUGGCCCUUGAAAACCUCGGAUGUGUGCCAGGCCAUGCCCUGGACACUGAUGGGUUUAUGAUCUUGACCUCCAUGGUUACUUUCUGGGGCCCCAAGCUGUGCCCUGGACAUCUCUUUUCCUGGUUGAAGAAAUAAUGGGUGAUUAUUUCUUCCUGAGAGUGACAGUAACCCCAGAUGGAGAGAUAGUGGGUAAUAUGCUAGACCCUGUGCUUCUCGGAAAUUUGGAUUUAGUAUUUUCAGGUCCCACCCUCAUUGAUUCUGAUCAGCUCUGGAGCAGAGGCAGGGAGUUUGCAAUGUGAUGCACUGCCAACAUUGAGAAUUAGUGAAUUGAGCCCUUUGCAACGGUCUAGCGAAGUAGUUAAAUUACCCCCAUGUUAAUGAGGUUGAAUAAGGCUCCCGAGCUAAGGGACUUGCCCAAGGUCUCACAGUGAGUAGGAGGAGGGCCUGAGAUUUGAACCCAGGGGUCUGAGGCCAGGGCCCACUGCCGUAAGAUGCGUGCUGAGAAGUGAGUCAGGGCAGGGCAGUUGGUAUCGAGGUGCCCCAUGGGAGUAGGGGGACGCCUUCCGGGCGGAGGCAGGGCUGGGGCGAUCUGUAUCUGCAGCCCCUUGGAAUAAAAGCGCGUUGACCGCUGAGGCUGCGCUAGCUCCUGCCUCAACCCGCCGGCCCCGCCCUCCGCCGCCACACUUCCGGCGGGGCUGCGACCACAGAGGGGCGCGGGCGAGCGGGCGGCCGGCCGCUGGGGGUGGCGGGAUAGGCUGGGCGCGGCCAGCGCUGCGGACCCGCUGCUGCUCUCCGGGUCUGUGCGGUCCCGAGGGCCGUCCGUGCCGCCGGCGCCAUGGGCAACUGCCACACGGUGGGGCCCAACGAGGCGCUGGUGGUUUCAGGGGGCUGCUGUGGUUCCGACUAUAAACAGUACGUGUUUGGCGGCUGGGCCUGGGCCUGGUGGUGUAUCUCCGACACUCAGAGGAUUUCCCUAGAGAUUAUGACGUUGCAGCCCCGCUGCGAGGACGUAGAGACGGCCGAGGGGGUAGCUUUAACUGUGACGGGUGUCGCCCAGGUGAAGAUCAUGACAGAGAAGGAACUCCUGGCGGUGGCUUGUGAGCAGUUUCUGGGUAAGAACGUGCAGGACAUCAAAAACGUCGUCCUACAGACCCUGGAGGGACAUCUGCGCUCCAUCCUCGGUACCCUGACAGUGGAGCAGAUUUAUCAGGACCGGGACCAGUUUGCCAAGCUGGUGCGGGAGGUGGCAGCCCCUGACGUUGGCCGCAUGGGCAUUGAGAUCCUCAGCUUCACCAUCAAGGACGUGUAUGACAAAGUGGACUAUCUGAGCUCCCUGGGCAAGACGCAGACUGCCGUGGUGCAGAGAGAUGCUGACAUUGGUGUGGCAGAGGCUGAACGGGACGCAGGCAUCCGGGAAGCUGAGUGUAAGAAGGAGAUGCUGGAUGUAAAGUUCAUGGCAGACACCAAGAUUGCUGACUCUAAGCGAGCCUUUGAGCUGCAAAAGUCAGCCUUCAGUGAGGAGGUUAACAUCAAGACAGCUGAGGCCCAGUUGGCCUAUGAGCUGCAGGGGGCCCGUGAGCAGCAGAAGAUCCGGCAGGAAGAGAUUGAGAUUGAGGUUGUGCAGCGCAAGAAACAGAUUGCCGUGGAGGCACAGGAGAUCCUGCGUACGGACAAGGAGCUCAUCGCUACAGUGCGUCGGCCCGCCGAGGCCGAGGCCCACCGUAUCCAGCAGAUUGCUGAGGGUGAAAAGGUGAAGCAGGUCCUCUUGGCACAGGCAGAGGCUGAGAAGAUCCGCAAAAUCGGGGAGGCGGAAGCAGCAGUCAUCGAGGCGAUGGGCAAGGCGGAGGCUGAGCGGAUGAAGCUCAAGGCGGAAGCCUACCAGAAAUACGGGGAUGCAGCCAAGAUGGCCUUGGUGCUGGAGGCCCUGCCCCAGAUCGCUGCCAAAAUCGCUGCCCCACUUACCAAAGUCGAUGAGAUUGUGGUCCUCAGUGGAGACAACAGCAAGGUCACAUCAGAAGUGAACCGACUACUGGCCGAGCUGCCUGCCUCUGUGCACGCCCUCACGGGCGUGGACCUGUCUAAGAUACCCCUGAUCAAGAAGGCCACCGGUGUGCAGGUGUGAGGCUCCUGCAGGCCCACUCUCUUCAGCAGCCACCUAGCCCUCCCUCCAGCACCCGUUUUAAUCCCACAGAACUACGGGAAUGUUACUGACUCUGGUGCCUUAUCUUGAAGGGACCAGAAGUGCUGCGUGUUCAGGCCAUCUCUGGCUGUCUUCCUGUCUCUCCUGUCUCUGUCCACCUCCUCCUCUUCCUCCCUUUUACCCCACUUUCACUGCCACUUUCAUCAGGUUUGUGUCUCAUCUCCCUGUGUGUCUUUUCCUUUGUCUCUUUUUCUUUCCCCCUAUGCACAUCAUGUAGUUUAAGCUGAAGAUGUUUAUUACAAUCACUCUCUGUCUGUGGGGGGUGGCCCUGCUGCUCCUCAGAAUCCUGGUGCCUUGAAGUUCUCUGUGCAUCUGCCCGUCCUCCCUAUGGCUGUGGCCAGAGCUCAGCAUGGGCAGGGGUUCUGGGUAGGACGGUCACUGUCCUCUCUCCCGGACUGGUCUUCCCAGCCCCAAAUCCUGCCCCAGGAAGCCCACAGCCUCACCCGCUGCUGCCCCUCUAGGUCUGGGCAGCCAUGACCUGCAGGGCCUAGAGCCACUGUCCUUCCCCUCAUCCUCCCAAGACCCCAGCUGGCGCUCAUACCCUGUCCUUUCUCCCUGACCCCACGGGCACAGAGGCAAGACCUCCUGUCUACAGCAGCUUCCUCAGUUUCCUACUGCCUUAGGAGGCCCCUGCUUUUGCUCAGGGAAGGCCUCUUCAUGGGCAUGUGUCUGCUGGGGCGGUAGGGCUUGGUCCCACUCUGCUAAGUUUUCUGAGAUGAGGGUCUAGCCCUCUUGGGGACAGAAAAGUGUGUAGACCUUCUUCCUGCUAGGGCUGCACUGUCCUGGGUGUUGGGCCCUUCUGGUGGGCAAGGCUGUGCCAACCCUGUACAGAAUCGAGUGCUGUAACCUGGCCAGACCCCAGAGCCCUUGUGCUAUCUUUCUUCCUGGCCAGAGUGAUGGGGUUCCAGGCAUGGGGAAGCAACCCAAUCCUCUGUCUCCUUGCUCCAAUGGAGGCAGAAGAACCCAGGACCCAAGCGUCUUGGCAGGGGUGCUGUGAAUGUCCAGUGGUCCCAGCACCCCACCCUGGCCCUGCCCCAGCCUGUGUAGCUCUUCCUGCAUGUGGAUGCUGCAUGUCUGGUCUGGGGCUUGGAUGUUGCACUGCCCCACUGCCUGUCCCUUCUGGUAAAAUAAAGAUCUCUUAAUGCCCA